UCAUCGGCAUGGUGCAUUUGGCCCCCGGACGAAAUCCUUAUCAGUCUUGGGGGUGGUGGAGGAGUUGAGAAAUGAAUCUUCCCAGCCCCAAACGGCGACUAUAAUAAUUGAAAAAUCUAAUGGAGUCACGACACUGAUGCCAUUCACAAGCGGGAGGCUGGACGAAUCAGCAGAUUUUGCUGCUUGCAUCUUUCACCGCAGUCUGUAGUCACAUGUGAAUGAUAUUGUCGCGCAUCGAAUAGAUCCCACUGCGCUCACAACGGCGACGCUUCCGAAGCCUGUUGACGAUGAAUGAUAGGCACAGGGCGCAAACGAUCUCGUCGUCAUGUGGAAAAUGACGCGUUCGUGGGUUUGGCCGUCGUAAUUCUGUGCGAGAAGAGCACAGUCCUGUCUUGUGCGUGGUUGGUCUCGUUCUCUUCUUCGAAUGACAGUGUGCCCUUGGGCAAAGACCACGACAGGAUGACCACCACCAUGCCGCCGUCAAAAAGAGAUUGGCGUAUAUGCGAGUAUGGUCCGGGAUGUUUGUUCUGUCAUCGUGUUCCUGGAUUGUGCUAUAUGAUAGCAUGUGCAAGAUCCCAGUCCGGUAUGUGUUGUGCUCCCAGUCCACAAGGCGUCUGCCAAGUGUCAUCGAUACCGGAAUCUCUCAUCACACGCUUGCUGAUCCUGAUGCUGAUGCCAUUUCCUCCUUCCGAGGUUCGGGGUUGUCUUGUAUCUUGCAAGGUUAUCUUAUUCCUCCACCUCCGUAAUCGACGCGCUGAGGCUCAUCAUUGACGAUGACGAAUGCGGGCGGCUUUGCGCGUCGCGUCGCCUGCAAUACU